AUGGAACCUACCGAGAUCGAUUCUUCUUCUUCUUCUUCUUCUUCUUGUUCCUCGUCCAAAAGACAUUUGUUCUUCGUUUUUGUCCUAACCCUUCUUCCCUUCCAUAUCUCAGCACAGAUCAACACUGAGAAAGACAUGUGGGAAUUCGAUCCAAAGUUUUACUGUUUAUCUCCAAAGAGCAGCUUCUCAUCUGAGACAGCCUUCGCCGCCAAUCUGAACAGACUUGUCUCUUCGAUCCCGUCUCUCCCUUCCAACACAUACGGCUUCUACAACAUCUCUGUCGGAGAAACCUCCGACCAUGGAGUAGAAGCCAUUGGACUCUGUAGAAGAGAACUCAGCAGACUAGAUUGACUGAGCUGCAUCUCCAAAGCCGCGGAGAAUCUGACAAGACAGUGUCCGGAAACGAAAGAAGCCCUCGUCUGAUACACGCGCUGUAUGUUCCGUUAUGCGAACAGACCUAUCAUCGGAAAAAUGGAGACGAGCCCUGUAUUGACGGCUCCGAACCCUAAUAACACUGCAUCGGCCGACACAGAUGAGUUCGUGAGGUUGCAGAGCGAGCUGUUGAACAGAGUGAGAGCCGUGGCUGCAUCAGGAGGGAGUAUGAGGAAGUAUGCUCAAGGAAAUGGCUCUGCUGCUGCCCCAUACGAGAGAUUCUUCGCCGUAGCUCAGUGUAUGCCGGAUCUGUCUGAAAAAGACUGCAACGACUGCCUUGUCUAUGGAUUCAGGAACGUGACCCAGUUGCGGGAGAGGGUUGGGAUCAGGUGGUUUUGUCCGAGCUGCAACUUCAGGGUAGAGAGUGACUGGCGAUUCUAUGAGCUGGAGUAUGAGCCUGAUGGCCCUGUCAUCAAAACACCCACUACAGUGAAUGGCGAUAGCGGCCAUGAUGAUGAUGAUAACAAGAUGUCAAGUAUGGACCUUUUGCAAAUGGAUUUCGGUACAAUAAAAGCCGCAACGAAUGAUUUCUCUCCCGAAAAUCUGCUCGGAGAAGGCGGGUUCGGUCCGGUUUACAAGGGUGUGCUUGAAAACGGACAAGAAGUAGCACUGAAGAGGUUGUCAGAGAACUCGGGACAAGGAGACAGCGAAUUCAUAAACGAGGUUUUGUUGGUUGCGAAACUUCAACAUCGGAACUUGGCCAGGCUUUUAGGUUUCUGCUUACAAGGAAAAGAACGGCUACUCAUCUAUGAGUUCUUCAGGAGCACAAGCCUCGACCGCUUCAUAUUCGAUCCUGAAAAGCAACCCUUUUUGAACUGGGAGACGCGGUACAAAAUGAUAGUAGGGAUUGCUCGAGGGCUUCUUUAUCUUCACGAAGAUUCUCGUUUCAGAAUAGUCCAUCGCGAUCUCAACACAGGUUUACCACAGAGGUUUACCAGUAAAAUAGCAGGAACCUAUGGAUAUAUGGCUCCUGAAUAUGCCAUGAACGGCCAAUUUUCAGUGAAAACUGAUGUCUUCAGCUUCGGAGUAUUACUCCUAGAGAUCAUUACCGGCAAAAGGAACAACUGGAAUUGGUCGCCAGAUGAAGAAGAUCCACUCUAUCUUCUUAGUUAUGCGUGGAGAAGUUGGAGGGAAGGGACAGUACUAGACAUAGUUGACGAGACGUUGACCUCUGGACCAAGAAACGAAAUCUUGAGAUGCAUGCACGUGGGGAUGUUAUGCGUACAAGAGAACCCGACAAGUAGACCGACAAUGGCUUCGACGGUCGUAAUGCUCAACAGUUUCUCUGCCACUCUCCCGAUUCCUUCGCAACCCGCCUUCCACGUGUCUUCGUCAACGACCGAAGAAUCAAAUGGAUCCAUGAGUCAAGUCUUACCAAUUUCCUCGAAUUCUGCUUCGGUUACCGAGUUGGACCCUCGUUAA